CACAUCCCUGCAGGUGUGAGGAAAGCCUUUUGAAGAGGCAGAGCUAAUGAGAGAAGAAGGGCCUGCCUCUAGACGAGCUCCCCUCUCCUCCUGGAGGCCAGACUGCUCCAGGGAGCGUGGCAGUUGGCUGUUGAAGAGAAGCGGGCACUGGCAUUGAGAGACCUCCAGACUGGACAUGGCCCUGAGUCCAGGGGCUAACCUGGUUUUCCAUGAAGACUCAAAGAUGACACCAAGUCUCACCUCCUGUGGGGCCCCAGGAUUAGGGUCUGGUACCACCCCUGGGUCCCACCCAGACACGGCUCAUGUGCCUGUGUUGAAUCUACUCCCAAGUCCUGGCUCGCCUCUCAUUCUGGAUCUUAAUCCAACUCUGAGUCCUGUCUCAGGGGAGACCUCAGGCCUGGUGUCUGAAAAUACCCCCAGACCCGAUGACAGCAGGGCCAUCGCUCCGGCCUCCCUCCAGAUCACCAGCUCUUGUUCUGGUGAAGCCCUGGACCUGGAUUCCAAGGACGCUUCAAGACCUGAGUCGCAGGGGCGCCUCUGUCCUGCCUCAAAUACCAUUCUGAGUCCUAGCCCUGCUGAGGCCACUGGUCUGAGCUCAGGGAACCACCCUUGGUCAAAUUCUGAAGAGGCUGUCAAGUACCUCUCAAGUAAGAUUUUUGAGAUGGGUCAGAGUAACUCCAACCCUUCCAGGCAUGAACUAAACCCGUUUAGAAGGCACCAUUCCAGAGAAGGCCUGGUUCUGGGCCACUGUAUCUCUAGGCCAAGCUCAAAAGCACUCCUUAUUCCAGCCUCAAAUUCUUCUCUGGACCUUGAUUCCAGUCCAUUGCUCGACAUGGGCUCGACAAACAACUCCAAGCUGAGCCUGAGCAUAGCUCCAGAUGCUCGUGGGACCCUAACCCCAGACACCGACGAGACCAUCGCUUUGGCUUCAUCUAACAUCUCUCGAUCUGUUUCGAAAGGAGCCUUUGGUACCACCUGGAGCACAAAUUCCAAGGGAACCAUGAAUGUGGCUUCCAACGGCCACCCCAGAUCUGAUUUGAACACGACCGUCACUCAAGCCCCGUACCUGACCCUGAUUCCUGGCUCCAGCGACGGUAUCAGCCUGCAUGCCAGUGCCCACGGGCCCAACUCCACCAUCUCUCCAUCCUCAUGCAUGACCCUAAUCCUGGGCUCCAAUGACACGCUGAGCCUGGGCUCCAGCCUCCUGUUCAGCGACACCUCCACCUUGACACUGAGCAGUCAGCAGGAUUAUGCCGAGGACAGCAGCAUCCGCACUGUACCCCUGGAGGAGAAUCUGGAGAGUUGGAGUGAGAUGGCCGGCACUGAGGCAGGCCAGUUCCCGCUGGGACUCCCCACCUCCAAUCCCAUGGGCAAGGAUGCCGUGACCUUGCAAGGCAUCUCUGAGGGUAAGGCCAGGGCCACAGCCCUAGAGAGAGCACUGUCCUGA